AUGCCACUCCCUCGGCCUUCGUCCUACACCUUUGUCGACCAAACAGUGUCACAGACGCGAUCGAGACAAAGAUCGAGGAACAACUCGAGAUCAAGCGAGAUAAGCAUUGCGGUUUCCAACACAGCAGAAUCCUUGGUCGGCACGACUGUCUCGAGUGGCGGAGAAUCUGUUUCGUCUGCCUCUCCAUCCUCAACCUGGUCGGCCAUAAGUCCCAGCACGCCUCCUCUGGUUGACAGUGGCCAUCACCAUGAACUCAUUCUCUGCCCGCAAGUGAGCCGCCACCCGGGAGAUAUCGAGUAUGCGUUGUCAUUCUUCCAUUCCUGUUUUGCCAACACCACGCUCACCUUCCCGGUGAAUGUCAACCCUUGGCGAGCCUGCCUUCCUUCAAUCCACGACGACUUCCCUUCGGUGCGCUAUGCCGCGGCAGCUCUCGCAAAGCGUCAACAAGCGCACUUUGACAGAAAACCCGAGAGUUCUUCGAUCUUGCGCCUCAAAUCUCAAGCGUUGUCUAUCUUCGCGUCGCACCUGAACGAUCUCUCUUUCGAGUGUGGCCUAAGUACUGUGCUUCUGCUUAUCGGCCUCGAUUAUGCCGAAACAGGUGUGUCUAACUGGAACAUCCACUUGCGCGGCGCAUACCGCAUCCUUGAAUCUCAUGGCGGCAUCCGCCUGGCGGAAUCACGGCCCAACCUUCGAAGUCAGAUCGCCAUGUUGAUCUGGUACGAUGUCAAUGCCGCGUUGAUUUCCAGGUGCGGACCUACGUUUCCGAGGAGUUAUAUCGAGGCCCUCAUGGCGUGGCAAGACGAUGGCGAGUGGAGCAUUCUGGGUCUCAACGGGCUUCCAGACGGCAUGUUCCUCGAUAUGCACGGUCUCGCUGUUGCAGCCGCCCAUAUUGAAUCUGCAGACCCAGAAGCACUUGAAGUGUUUCGGAAGAAUAUUCUCAGUACAGAGAUCAGCAUGAAGCAAGGGAAAUAUCAGGCCCUUAUGUCCGAAGUCUGGCGGUUGGGCCUGCUGUUAUAUUUGGCCCGGGUGUUUCCGCAAUUCCAUAUUUACGAUGUGGCGGCAACAGAUCACCUCACUGACAUAGACACGUUCACGUUGCUCGACGAUGGUGCCGAGUGGGGCCUUGAGCCACGCUCGGUGGCUGUUCAGAUUCUCACCAUGGUGGCAAACAUUCCCUCACACAGCAACUUUCAGAAGCAGUGCCUGAUGCCCAUUGUCCUGGCUGGGUGCGAAAUGUCAAGUGCCGAGUGGGCGCUCAGAAAAAUCGCCAUCGAGUACUCUGAGCGGUGGAAGCAGAAAACAGGGAUCUGGAUCUUUGAUUCGGGCUUAGAGUUCAUGAGAGGUGUUUGGGCUAGGAAUGACAUGGCGAUGCUCGGCAAGGCAGAGGUUGAAGUCGACAGGUCCUGGGUGCCUUGGACAGAGAUAUACCCGCCAAGCGCUGAAUAUGGCUUUUUGUUUGGAUGA